AUGUCGAAGACGUGCCACAUCAAUCAGGGACCUGCAGAAGCGCCACUCCACUUCUGGACUUUUCCGCCAAACUCCGCCGGGAUUAUGAACUGCCGCGUGCACCCGUUCGAGGAGCAGUCGUUGUCAUCCCUCUUCGCCAGACAGGUUGUGGGAGGAGACGAUUAUUCGUGUGGCCCCGACAGACCCUGCAGAAACGGCGCAUGCUGCCCGAAGAAAACACUUCAAUGUAAUUAUGGCGAGAAGGACUUUUGCGAAGUCAAGGAUAAUGGUGCCACCGGUGGUUGUCAGUCCAACUGCAAACAACCAUGGCCUAAGGGUAAGGGCUCCAAGCAGUUGGAUCGUGUUAUUGGAUACUACGAGGCAUGGCGAUAUAACUCCGAAUGCCAAGGAAUGCCCAUGAAAGACAUACCCAUCAACUCGCUAACCCAUCUUUACUUGUCCUUUGCAUUCAUCACGCCCAACGAGUACAACAUCAUUGGGAUGGACGGCCUGCCAUCCGAACUUUUUAGCAAUUUCACCGACCUGAAGAAAAACAAUCCGAGUCUCAAGAUGAUCAUUGCCAUUGGAGGAUGGACGCACAAUGAUCCGGGCCCCCUCCAGAAGGUAUUUAGCGACAUGGUCAGCACGAAGAAAAACCGGUCAACGUUCAUUGAGAACCUGAUGGCUUUCCUCCGUCAAUAUGCGUUUGAUGGUGUUGACUUUGACUGGGAAUACCCUGGUGCUGAUGACAGAGGUGGUGUGCCCAACGACGGCAUCAACUUUACCCAAUUCCUCAAGGAGCUGGAAGCAGCAAAUAAAAAGCAACCGAAAAGGUACAUCGUCUCUUAUACUGCACCGACAAGCUUCUGGUAUUUGCGCCACUUUGACCUAAAGUCUAUUGAAUAUGUCGACUUCAUCAACGUCAUGUCGUAUGAUUUACACGGGGUCUGGGACAGAGACAACCCAAUUGGAUCUCACAUUUACGGACACACCAAUCUAACUGAGAUGAGUCUGGCGUUUGAUUUGUUUUGGCGGAACGAUGUGCCAGCCGGCAAGCUGAACAUGGGUCUUGGAUUCUACGGCCGAGCCUUCCAGCUUGCCGACCCGGCCUGCAAUAAGCCCGGCUGUGUGUUCAAGGGAGGCGCCAAGAAGGGGGCCUGCAGCGGCGAGUCGGGCAUUCUCAGCUAUCGCGAAAUCAUGGAGGUUAUCAAGACCAAAAAGCUCAAGCCUGUGCAUGACAAAAAGGCCGGCGUCAAGUACAUCACCUGGAACACUGACCAAUGGGUGUCGUACGACGACAAGGAGACGUUUAAGCAGAAGAAGGACCUCGCAGAGAAGCUCGGCCUCGGCGGGUUUCUGAUCUGGGCCAUCGACCAGGACGAUGACCAGCUGUCAGCGCUCUCGGCCGUGCUGGACCCUAAGCCGCUGGAUGACUUCCGGUCCGACAAGCCGGACGACAACUGGACAGGCUCGAAUGAGAAGUGCUACGUCUCCAAGUGCGGCAAAGGGUGUAGCCCGGGCGACAUCAAGAUUACGGAGCAAAAGUGCGGCAAGGGCAAGAAGAGCCAGCUCUGCUGCCCGCUCUCGGGCGCCCCCGAUCCAAAAGACUGUACCUGGCGAGGUGGCCCCAAUAUCUGCAACGGACGCUGUCACGACGACGAGGUCAUGACACAUAUGAGCAAAUGGGGUGGUGGCGCCGACUGCUGGGACGGCAACGCGGCGCAUUGCUGCAAGAGCCCGCUCGGCGAGGAGAAUUCGUGCUACUGGGCCGGUGUCGCCAAGAAGUGCAAGGCCGGCCAUCUGCCGCUGACCUUCUCAGGCACCGUACUCAGCAUCCUUGAUGAUAUUGCCAAGGUGAUCCUCACGGUCGUCGGCCGUGCCGUUCCCAUUGCAGCGCUCACCGGCCGCGUACUCCUCGAGGUGCUUGAUCAGCUCGACCUCGACACAAACAAGCUGUAUUGCUGUCCCGAGGAUGAUGUCGACCGCUGGAAGAAUUGCGCCUGGUACGGCAAGCCAGGGAGCUGCUUCGACGGCCACUGUCCCGAUAUGAAGUUUGUGCAGCUCACCGACAGCUAUUUCGGCGGCGGCGAGACAUGCGGCGGCCAGUUGUCUCGCGUGCGAACUUUCUGCUGUGAGUCGGCAGGCGAUCCCCUUUUUCUUCCUGUGCCGCUGGAAAACCUGUUUGAGCACCCGCCAGACGGAGACAGUGUCGACACCGAUUUCAGCCUCAAGACGGACGAUUCAUCGGCUGGCGGUGAUGAUGACCCCAACGAGGCCGCCUUUCAGUUUGUCGUUCUGGCUUCGCCUGACGAGCUGCAAGUAUCGGUCGACAAGCGCGAUGGCUCCCACUGGGAUGUCUUUGGUUGCGAAGAUGCCGUCACAGAAGGCGAGCAUACCGUUAGCAUGGUCUGUACCGACUUCUCCGAGAGGAGCAACUGUCACAAGAUAGGUCUCGGCUACGGGGUGCCUGGAACCAUCCUGCAGAUGCCCCCCGGUUGUGGUCCUGGCAAGUACGCCGUGGCGAAGAGCAUGGAGCCCGCUGACAGUGGUGACCACGUCAAGCUGCUGCCACGCCGUCUAGCCCACCUCGCUCCUCGAAAGCCCACAGUCUACUCACUGACGUUUGACUACGACUUUGGCCGUGUCCCGCGCGAUCUCGGAAGUACCCAGAUGCGCAUCGACUUUAGUAACCAGGACGACUACUGGGAUACAGUUGUCGCUGGGUCCGUGUCCAAGAAGAAGAGAGACCUCGCCAAGCGCACGCUCGCCGACGUGGGCGGCAACCACGUCCGGUGGCUCGAAGAGGAGUUCAGGGACGACUAUCACUUUGGCGGACUCGAGACGCGUGACCUGCACGAACGCUGGUUUGGCACGAGCAUUCUGGAGUGGCUCGCGCAGCUCGUCAAACCUGAGAUCAAGCGCGAGUUCUUGCACAGAUAUGAUGACACACUGACAGCCAAGCUCAUUGAUGAGACGUGGUCCUGUUCCAAAGGUGAUAUCAACUACGAAGGCCACUUGCUCGCCCAGGCCCUGCUCAAGAUCAAGGUCGAGUCCAGCUUUGGCUUCACCCUCAUCGUCAACGACCUCAGUCUGCCCCUUGACCUGAGCCAGAGUUACCUCACCUUUUACAAUAAGGGCGCAAUCACGGGUGUCAUGACCCUUGAGGCCGUUGCCAAGGUGUUCUAUGAGAAGAAAAGCGUCAUUUUGAAUAUUCCCUUCCCCGGCGCCUCCUUCAAGAUCCCGGGCAUCGCCACCAUUGGCCCUCAACUCACGGUAGAGGGCAGCAUUGAUGCCUCCUUCGCCGUGGCAGGCACUAUUGAGACUCAGCUUGAAAUUGCCAAGUGGGAAGUCCGACAAGUCGUGCCUGACAAUGGCGACGAUGCGUACAAGCCGAAGGAGAUCGGCAAAGGCGACACCAGCCUCGACCGCACCGGUGACUUUGGAGGCAUCAAGAAGCUCGAAUUCUACGCCGGCGUCGCCGUUCAGGGCGACGUCACAGCCCGCCUCUCGGCUGCUGCCGAGUUUGGCGUCCGGUUCGCAGACAGGUGGGAUGUCUAUCCAGCCGCCGCCGCCGUCGUCGGUGAGGCUAGUGUCAUGGCCAAGCUGACGGCGGGUGUUUCUACCGAUGCCGUCUGUCCCUUCACUUACAGCCUUGACGUCGGCGCUCGUCUGUAUGCCAGGGUCCAGGCGCCCAAGGUCUUUGGAUGGCCUGGUGGCCAGUACGAGCUGACGCCCAAGUGGAACAAGGGCAUCAUCAAGGCGGGAACCUGUCCUAAACUGGGCGCCAUCCCGUCCAAGAGAGACCUUGAUCUCGUUGAAGCGGCUGCCCAUCUUUCAACGGCCGACAACCCGUCUCAGCAGGGGGACACCAAAGUCGGUGGUCACAACGACCUCGGGCGGCGAUCGGGUCAUCUUGCCAAGAGAGGAAGCGUCCACGGCCCGGUGCUCAGUCUCCCUGUCGGCAAGUUCUUCUGCCCGCCGUCGAGCGACGACAACGAGAACGAAAGCAGCUCCUGCAAAGACGUCAAAGCAGCAUGGGAUCAGGACAAGUACCUCAGUGAAGAUUACGAUGGCAUGCGUAGAAGGAAGAGAGAGGUUCCAGAGGAUGAGCUUCUUGACGUCGACGAUGAACAAGAUCUGGACGGUGUGGAAGGGGAGAUCCUGGCGCACAUUUUCGGGAGGUCUAUCAGCAAGAAACCCAUCAAGGCCUGCAGCCUCAGGACGACCUUCGACUACCCAACAGACGGCUCUCUCGACGGCGACGCCCUCGUCUAUGGCUGGGAGGAGCCCGACGUCUGCGGGAGCUACGACUGGGGCGGCCCGCUCGACGCCCGUGUCGCCGGUACAUCCUACCACUCGGAGCAUAUCCUCGAGGCGCAAAUGGUAGCGCAGUUUUUCGCGUACAUGGACGAGAAGAUCGACUCAGUCGCGAACCCGGACCCGAACGCCAGCUCCAACAAGAAGAAAAUCUCGUUCUGCGAGUACGUCAACGUCAUGUUCGACAUUGACGCCGUUUCGGCCCCGGGCCUCGACACGGCGCGCGGGUUCGCCGCCACGCUGACGCCGAUCAACCACAUCGCCGCCCAGUUCCCAACGCACCAGUGGAAGACGGAAGAGUACGUCUCACUUGAGGCCGUCAUCAACACACCCGCCAAGGGGAAAGCCUGGGGCACAAACAGCAAUAUCAUCAACACGUCAUCAUGGCUGACGGGCAGGUUGCCGACGGCGGCGGGCGCGAGAGCGAUGCUCAAGGCAAUGCGCUCUCUCAUCGGUUCCCGCGUGUACCACAACGAUGGGACCGUAUUGAGAAUUCUGCGGGCGCAAAAGGCUCGCGUCGGCACCGUCCUUGACUUGCUCGACACGACGCUGCUACCCGCGAACCCGCCUCAGGGGUUCACUGCGUGGCCGCAGCAUGGUCACGGGUUACGGGCUGAGUGGGAUGCGUUCAUGAAGGGCGAGUUUCUCCUGAUGCAGACCAAGACGAUGAAGGUCAUUUAUGAGUUUAUUGGGCCUCUGAAGGAGCAGUGGACGGGUGAUGCUGUUCGGCAGGCCAACGAAGACCAGGCGGGGGACAGCACGGCGGCUCUGGCAACCAAGCAAGGGGUCAGGAACCUCAUUGAUGAUAUUGAGGCCAUGGACGACUACCUGGCGACCAUGCCUGCUUGGCAGUCGGCUUUCUGA